AUGGCUCCUUCAAAGGUCAAGUUUCUCACCGGUGCCCCUAUCACCUCUGAAUUGAAUUGGAGUGAUGAAGGCUUGCUCAAUACAUUUUCCUCGGCACUGCAAAGGCAUCUAGAUGCCCACUCGGGUCCUCCACCCACGCCUACGCCUACGCAACCCCUAGCCAAAUGGAGGUCAGUCCCAUUGGUCGCAAACAAACCCUUCCACGAAAGUCCUGUCUUGCCUCGAAGAUUACCACAGACCAACAUAAAGAAGGCACUACCACGUCAGAUCCACAAUCUGAUAGAGGACCGUGAUGAUGACUUCCUUGACCACUCUUUCGCUCUUGAAGCAGAUCUGCAGUCUUCUCAGAUUGCUCCCCACCACCAAAGUCCAGAGCAUGAUACUGAGGAAGCGACCUUCAUGACUGAUGACUCCGUCUAUUCGACAUUCAUGGACGGACUCGAUACUACUAUCAUGUCUACACAACCUUCCCUCCGCGAAGACUCUGGAACACGAUUAGGCGCAGCAUAUAGACCUGUCGGACCCAUCAUGAGCAUCAAGGCCAUCCCAACUGCCGAUUACCUCCAACGUAUACAGCCACAAACCAUGACUGUGAACUUACUAGUCGGUAUCAUCAGCAUAGCACCCGCAAGAACAGUGACAACGCGCAAAGGUGGUCAUGACAUGGACAUCAUCGAGCUUACAGUCGGAGACGAGACCAAAGCCCCCUUUACCAUUAGUUCGUGGCAUGCAGCUCAAGGUUCUCAGCAGCGACACAAGGUCGAGGACAAGUCACGUAACAUUCUCUCGUCACUACGUUCACAAGACAUUGUUCUCAUCGAACGAGUAGCACUAAGCUCCUUCCGCAAUGCAGUCUUUGGCCAAUCUCUUAACCGGAGAGCGACCAAAAACGCCACAGCAAUCACAGUCCUGCAUAGACCACACGACUUCCGGGCAGACAGCGCACAUCAGUCCAACUUUCCCCUGGCGGUGGAGAACAAACUCGAGCGAGUUCGUGACUGGGUCUCCAUCUUCGUGGGUCCGAAUGGCAAACGCAAGGCGCGAUCGGAGCCGUUGCCACGAGCUGGAUCCAAGAAGAAGGGGAAGAGUACCUUACCGGAAGAGUUCUUGCCAGCUGAUUCUCAGCCAUGA